AACCUGCAUUCAAACAAAGAAAUCGCACAGUUGCCUACAGUUAAGAUAUCUUUCAACAUGCUGAAGCUGGUGUUUCUGCUGCUCGCUGCUUUGCUCUCCCUGGCUGUGGCUGCACCUGCGGCAGCACCGAAUCCCAACCCGAGUCCACAACUGUUUUAUUCAGCGGGUUAUCCAGCUGUGGCCUAUGCAUCCCCUUAUAUUUACUAUGGCUAACCAGCCCCUAUAAGCAAAGACAAUAAACAUUUUUCAAG